AUGGGAGACCACCACACAAACCCCGAUUUGCAAAAAAAUAAAGAACGAAAUGAAAACUGUGAUAUAAUCUCUGAAAAGCAUAAACGUGCAGAUAUAGAAAACAAAAUAGAAACACUACAAAGUUUAGAAACCAAAGACACAAAAACAAGUAAAGAUGAACCAUCUUCUGACAAAGUUGCACAAUCGAUUGAUGAUACUGUUUUUACCGAAUACAGUUCAAAAAAAGAAAAACAAAGUAAUGAAGCUUUGAAAAAUGUCAAGAAUUCAGACUUACCUUCGGAAGAUCCUGUUACAAGUAGUAAAAUUUCCGAUGAGUGUGUUUCUACCGCAAUUGGUACAAAAGCAUCAGAAGAAGAAAACAUGAAUUAUGAUACAUCUUUGAGAAUUUCUAAAACUAAUGUAACUGAAGACGAUAAAAAGUUAAUAAAUGGAAAAAGUUCUAAUCUUUUUGGAGGAGAUGUAAAAAAAGUCAAACUGUCAAUAGAUAUUAAUCAACCAGCAGAUAAUAUUUUUAUGAAAAAUAAACCCAAAUCAAAAGCAGUAACAAACUCCUCUUUUCUUACAAAUGUUAUAAAAAAAGAAGACAUAGCAGAAAAUAUAGAAGUAGAUAAAAGCCUUUUAGGUACAUUACUUUUCGAAUCAAAAUCUUUAUUUUAUAAAUUUACCAAUAAAAAAUGGGAGAAAAUAGGUACUGGCCACAUAUAUAUUUAUAAAACACAAGAGCUAAGACUCAUUUUUGUAAGAGACGGUCUUAUGACUGUUUCAUUUGACUUUUAUAAAAUUUUUGAUAUAAAGCCAUCUGUAAAAGAUAAAGGUGUACUAUUUAAAAUUCCUACGGGAGAAUUGGUGUUAUUAAUGUUUGAAAAAGAAGAUGAAAAAACAAAGUUCUUCGAGUUAAUUAAAUAA